ACAAUAGACAAUACACAAUACCAGCCAGACCUUCCAAGUAACAAGCGUAAGAUCAGAUCAUCUCGCUGGACGUGCGUGCGACAGAUGUCUUGUUGUGUUUGGCGGAGAUGGUGUUUAUUACUACACCCCCACAACACACACACACACACACACACACACACACACACACACACACACACACACACAUACACUCAGAUCAACAACAACAACAACGAGCAGGACAGACGGCGGGUAAAAGGGAGGGAUUGAAUCAACCAGUGGCAGGCAGGCACCCACCCUCCAGGCAAGCAAGCAGGCAGGCAGUCACUACCCGCCGCAUUGCACAAGAUCUUGCAUGCGCGACGGACACACGACGCACGGAUCGGAUAAUUCAUAAUGUUAUGAAUACGUAAGUCUGAGAUAUUUGUUAUGCUGGCCUGGGGUAUUGUUCUGCCUCCGCAACUGCGACAACAACACACCCCGCUCUCUGCCGCAGCAUCUUUUUUCGAUCGAUCGCUUCUUUAACGAGCUCCCUCGCCCGCGCUGAACGUUGCGCUAUAAGUUUUCUUUCAGCUAGUGGUGGUCGCGCGAACGGCGAUAAAGAGAGGGCUUCCCGUUACUUAACUAGCUAGCAAGCGACGAAUUCUUGAGGCCACCACGGCGUCGACCCGAAGGCUGAGGGGCUGGCUGGCCUAGUUAGUGACAACAGGUCGCUGGGGCGUCAUGUGUGAUAUUCCGGUGUCGUUUCACUGAUAAAAACAUGCCAGUCGGAUAGACAGCCCAACUGUUCAACACACUCGCCCGAAAGCCCUUCCAGUUUUGAUUUUAACUAGGCCUACGCUAAAGGACGCGCUGUGCAAUGGCUGUAUGCGUACUGCUGUUGCGUCUUGAUGGCCCGUACUUCUCCUGCACAGCCUUGGCAUAGAUAAAACCUGUUUUUAGGUCUUUGGCAUUAUCUGGAAGCUUGGAAUUCUUAAAGACAAGACCCUGAUCAAGUGUUCAGUCUGUUGGAGAGAGUUACACUAUUCGGGACCGGACUCUGUGGAUAAACAUAAUUAAAUAUUAUAACUGCCCGUUGAAUGCUAGAUCUAUGUCGUUUUUCCGAAUCACGUCACGUGAAAUGAAAGUAAGAAAAAAGUGACAGGCGAAGAACAACAAAGUGAUAGCAUCGUGGUGAAAGAUUGCACGGGUGACCUACACUCAUUAGUUGUGUCCAGAUAUAAACGCCGCCAGACGUGUGAACGUGUGCACACUACCUGUAACAGAGCGAUUAUAAAUCAAGCAACAAGCCAUUGGCAGACAGAGACAGCAGUCGGUUUUACAUGAUGAGAAAUGACGCGGGGUCUGCUGCAAGGAUCAACAACGUGCGGAUCCCUGUUAUAUAGGCCUAAUUUAGCAAACUAAAGGACGAGUGAACCAACGCACUGGAACUUCUACACUUCGUUCUGAUAAAUUGUGUGAAAGCCUCGAUCCCCACGAUGGCAGGGGCUUGUGCCUUGUUGGAGACGAGUUGUAAAGUUCUGUCAUCGUAACCGUGGAGAAUGUAGAAAGCGGAACAAGAUAAAGAGGAUGACCAGGAUUUCUUGGCCAAGCCACAUCGUGCUGGUGCUGCCGGCAAUCGUGGUUGUGCAUUGCUCCUGGAUCGCCAACACCCCCGGAUGUUUUGAUGGAUGCUCUGAUCAAGUCAACUGUACAGUGGAACAGAGUCACAGCUGUAAUAGAAACGUGUCCGACUCGUUAGAUUUUGGCGGGAAAGUGUCCUCCCUGAAUUACACACUGACCCCGCCCCGUGACGGGAAACGUAGGAUCAAGCUCACCUGGAGACCGCCACAGACCGGGUGUGAGUUUUUACCUAAACUGCAUGGAAAUUCCAGCAGAGAUAAAGACUGACCUACACCUGAGUGUACACACAGAGCCAAUGAACGCGAAUAUACCACAGGAACGGCAGAUCAAGAUUCACAUUGAACCUGAGUACAAAAGACGAUGGUCGGAACUUAUCCUCUCUGCCUAACGCUGAAGGGUGGCCUCACUUUCUCAUCCCUGGCCUUGAACCUGGGAAACAGUACAUGCUCUAUAUAUGGCCAAAAAACAAAGAUGGACAAAGGAUGCAACAUUACAUAAUGACUAAUCCUUUCAAACUGAGCGCAAAGGAAAGCAAAAUACCCGCCCCCCAAAGUGGCACAGGAAAUACACCCGUCAUCAUCGGUUGCCUUGUGACUGCUGUGGGCUUAGUGGUCGUCAUAACAUGUGUGCUGAUCAAGGUGUGUCGAGGCCCAUGUGCUGGCCAUCUGGCCUUCAUGGACUAUUUCACCAGCAGUAACAACAACUCCAGUCAACGACCCCGUGCUCUGGUCAUUUUCUACAAGGAAAGUGAGAACUUCCUCAAAGCUGUGGAGAAUCACUUGAUUUUCUUGCAGCAUUAUGUGGAUGUUGUGUCUAUCCAUGAGCAGCAUGGCGGGCUGUGUAGGUGCUGUCCAAUAGCCCCCAAGCACACUUGGAUUGACCGGGAAAUCAAAGACAGGAUUAUAGUAAUCUACAUGUCGCCGUGUAUACGAGAACUCAUGGGGACAACCGAUCUGUCACAGGUGCCAGGCGCAGCAAAAGAUCAUGAUGACGUGUGCCUUUACGCUUUACAACGUUUACGAACAAGUGUCUUACAAAGUACUGUGGCUUUGAUACGUCUUGUCACAUUUGACUGUUUUGAUGUGACAGACUCACAAGUGACCAUAACGGAUUUCACCGUUCCUGGUACAACAGUGAACUUACCUGUUCCGCUUGAAGUAGCAAAGCCUGGAUCCGACGGUAGUUGGAAGCUGACCAAUAUUGACCAAUUGUUACUUGAACUGCGUCGGUAUAAUGAUUUCCCAGAUUCCAACGUAAGCUCUCUGGACAACUGGCGAGUGUGGAAGGAAGUUCGAGAAGCAGAGAAAUUUAUCUCAUUGUGUGGAAAAGGAACUGGCAGUCAGUUCACGCGUGUGGAUGACAUGAAUGGGAUGAACGAUGAUGUCCCUUUGAGCCAGUUUAUAUCUCAAGAUAAUCUGGACUCAGACAGUGUGGCUUUUGAUUGUUUAGAUACAAGUCAGAGUGUGAAUGUGUUCAGCGAUGAUAUUCCCCUUGGUCGGUAUGACUCCAAGGAGCACGUUGAGUCUGCCAGUGUUUGUGUAGAUAGUGAUGAUGUCAGUGAAGAUGAAAACACAGUGGGCCUGACCUUCUCGUCAAAGGCUUAUGAGCCUCAGUACGGACAACUAUACGUGGAACCGCCUCGACUUCCUCAGAGGCCAGUUUUCCCCCCAGCUAUCAACUGUUACAACAGUGCCAGUACAGACUCCUUUUACUCCGAUUUGAACAAAGUCAACCUCACCUCGGGCUGGGGGGAGCCCCCAUUCAGAAAAGAUGUUUGAGCGACUAUCAGAUUUUUUCCCCUUCAUCCUUCAUGACUAUUGAUGUGCGCCCUCUACAUUCUCUCCUUCACACAUCUGCUCCACGAAUCCCCGGUGACUUUCACGGAACUGGCUUCACGUUAACUUAUACCUCAAUGUCUCCUGAUUUGUAUUCCUCAUGUUCUAACCCUUCCACUGCUAUCCCAAGACUUUUCAUAUAUACUUAAGCAUCAACAAAGGGUGCUGAUGUGUUUCAAGAAAGCUUUCCCAAUUUUAUUCUAGCUUGGAUCAAAGUAAGAGUCAGGACACAAAAUAUACAGUCUUGAAUAUAAAUUUGAAGAUAGUCCGCUAAUUUCCUGACUCUGAAAAAGUUUGUGCAUGUUUCAGAAUGGCUCCCUCGUUCCUUUUCUAUAACUUAUAUUUAAUAUGUUACUUGACGUGGUAGAAUCUGGCGCUCGUCAGUUUUUGGACAUGUGGAGUUAAUGGUAUCAUCAUAAAGCUUGUUCACUUGUCUUGCUUUCGAUGACAAAAAUACCCAUCUACCUUGAACAGAAGUCGAGAUAUUUGUGAUUGAAGGAGAGGGGGUUGCCUGGUUUCAGAAGUAAAAUUAGAGAGAAAAUGGCUGCCAAACUCUGGUGACUUCCAUAGCUUGAGAGUACUUGGAAAGUGAAAAUUUACAUUUACAUUGUAUUAUGCCUUUAUUCUACAAUUGUCAGUAAAAUCAACAAGGAAAUGUGUUUUAAAAUGGAUAUUAAAGGUGUUGAGCCAAAAAACAAAAAUUCAACAAAAAUGGCCAAUCCAGCUAAACAUUGCUUGUUUCUUCAAUUUCAUUUUUUUUUUUUGACAAGUGCCUGAUUUCACCACGAUGCCUCACAUAUUUAGCGUUGUAUCUCACCAACAGAUCAGAUCAGAUGAACAAUAACAAAUGAGGCCUGUAGUUCUUGGCAAAAAUUGGUUUGUCUUUCCCCUUCGAAGCCCUUGGAUAUAGAUUAUGAAUACUGAACAUAAAGAAGUAAAACAAAUACUAAGUGUUAAUUUAUUUUAAAGUUAUAGGUGACAGGAAAGUGUUCUUAAUAGAUCUUUCCUCUUCUUCCCCUCUGUGUCUGGUAUUUCUGUUCAUUGUCUUGUUUUUCUCCAGCUUUGAAUGACUGUUCAUUGUGUUGUUGUGCUUCUGAUUGACGCAAACAAAUCAGUUGUUGUAGCUCUAGUUAUUGUUUCAUUCAGACUUUGCAUUUAUAAACAAAAUGAUUGCCUUAGUGUACCAAAGUUUGUUUCAUAAUGAUGAUGACAGUGCCACAAAAGGAAAUAGUGGUGGGGAAUGUUAUGUUAUUGUAAUGAAAUGCUACAUAGUGAUGAUGCCAUAAAGCAACACUAGCGUUGUUAGCUGAUUGUCAAGUUAUAUGAUUUAACAGUGAUACUGACAUAAAGUUUUAUGGUGUCUCUGUAAAGUGAAAAGAUAAUCAUUAUAAAUUGUAUGUUGUCAAGUAAAGUUAUAGGGUGACCACAUCAAACUAUAUGGUAGUCUUAUUUUAAUAAUAUACUUUAUUAAUACGAUGUGAGGAAGACCGAUAGUUGAAAACAGUGGGCCUGCAGUAUCUGUAAUUUCCACUCAUUCUCAGACACUACUGGCCUUAGAUCAAAGUUACUUCAUGUGAAAGUAUGACCCGUGUUUUUCCUUGGAGUCUUAUCUUCAUUUUCUUCUGUUGAAACGUAAUUUUUCUAAAUUCUCUUUGUUGACUUUGGUGGCCUCACGAUUAUGUCGUCAGACUUGUGGAAAGGUGCCUUACUCGGAUUAUUCUCUCUUCACCCAGAUGUUAUUAGGUGUAUAAGUGCCUGUCAUUGUGGGGAGUUUUAUUGAGUGCCACAGGAACGUGGGUAAGCUUUUGUACAGCAGGAUUUAUAAGAUUUUUUUGGUAGGAGUGUUUCUUAUUUUGUACUUAACUCAAUUAGCAUCUGUGGUGUAAUAGUUAGGCUAUUCACCUUGCAUGCAUGAGAAUUGAGUUCUCUUCCCACAUGGGAACACAUUUCCUUCUGAGAUGCAUUUCAUUCAGUCUAGGUUCACCUGCCAACAGUGUCACAUCAGCCUGUCUCCUAAAUGACCUGACUGCAAUGAUAUGGACACAAAAGAGUUACAAGAAAGUAUAGAUUUCAUCAGGUGGUAUGAGAUUGUGAUGAAAAGCUACAUAAUGAUGAUCCCCUAAAGUAACACUUUUGAUAGCUGUAUGUCAAGUUAUUUAUUAUUUAUGAUUUAGCAGUGGUACUGACGUAAAGUUUUAUGGUGUCACAGUAAAUUUUAGCGUGUAAUAGUUAGGCUAUUCACCUUGCACGUGCUGCUCAAAUCACAUAAUUUAUGCCGGAAUCUGUAACAUACUCCGCAAGCGUACAGUGGGCCCACUGUGUGUUCGAAAUGCAUCAUUAAUCUCUGCAGCAGAGCGACUGAAUGAAAGACAGAAGAUAGACGGCAUUGUGGGCAUUUUAAAAACUUAUUCGGAGCUUAUGUGUCUGAGGGCAUUUCAACCCUGUUUAUUUCAAGGGAGUAUGUGUUCUUUUUUGUGGGGGGUAUUCGUUUGUUUUUUUAUUUUUGGUUGUUGUUUUUUUUGUUACAAAGACUGAUAUUACAAGACAGAUCGCUCUGUUUUGACAAGUGAGGAUUAGUGGAAGAGGUAAGGCGACUUUUCUCACUUCCCAUGUUCGUAAAUACAGUAUUAAAAGAGACUUAUCUUCAUUACCCAGUUGCCUUCCUUUGUUGACAAACUUUAGCCAUGCCAUCACACUUCAAUUGUUAAAACAACCAAAGAAGUACAACAGAUAAAAAUGUGCUCUUUGGAUGUAUUCUCCCUGAAAACAUCCAGCAUAAUAUCAAGCAAGUUCAUCAUAUUGCAUGUGAAACAGGGGUAGGCAAUUUAUUCAUUGCCUUCUGAGGUCAGAUGGCAUGUGAUUAAGAGUGGAAGACAAACCCAUAAAAACAUACAUUCAAUAUUUUAUUUGUCCUGAAAGUACAUAUCUAAUUACAUAUUUUCUUAACUCCUUGGGGUCCUUAGAGAAUGACCAAAUUUUGCCUGCUGGCAGAGGGUGCUGAGUUCGGAAAGGGAAUAUAAUAUUAUGUUAAUGUGUUUAUAUUUGUUUCUUGUAUUAAUGUACAGUUUUUAAUGUGAGUCAACUGACACUCAGAGGUGUUGGAAUAAUAAUUAUAUGGAUGGAUGCUUUCAGAGUUGCCUUCAAGUAAAGCUGUUGUGAUUUUGUUACAUAUGCCACUUUGUCCGACAGGAUUAAUUUUUUGAUACAUACAGUUUGAGUUCCAAGUUCAAGUGUUUCUUAUGUUUAACACUUGGGUUCACAUUAUAACAGAAUGAUUGUCCUUGUAGUGUUGUGAAUUCUUUGGUCGUAUUCAUAACCUGUGUAGUGAGCAGUGCGCAUUGCCUGGUCGGCCAUAAAUCUGUUGUUAUUUUGUUGUUGUUUUUUUAUUUUGUUUUUGUUUUUGGUAUAGGACUUUGUGUUAUAUUAAUCAUAAAAACCUCGCAUGACUUAUGUAAAAGAGGUUGAGGCAUUUGUAAAUAUUAUGAUAAGAUAGACAAUUUUGACUUAUGUGAUAAUUGAACUAUGUGAAAAGCCUUUUGAGUAAGGGCUCAGGUGGUGUGGUUGAAUUCCAGGACCAAGCUGUGUUGUUUGAUGCUGAACUUGUUCUAGCCCUGAUGGUCGAGUGAGUGACCUGAGGGGUAGGGUAGGUAAAGAAUUUUAAAAAUCAGCUGUUCGGAUUCCUUUGCGUAACGUGCUCAAGUGAAAAAUACCACUAUACAGGUUGAGACAAAAGUCUUUUGUUAUAAUGAAAUAACAUGAUAUUUGAUAUUAAUUUGUUGUGCUUUAACAGAGUUUUUGUCUUAUGAGUAUGUUUAAAGUGAUCUUUGGAAAUUGUUUGGAAUUGUAAAAUUCCUGCAUCACACAGAUUUUACCCAUUUUUGAUGUUGAACAGAAAAACAAGUCGCUAUCUUAGAAUUACAAAGCUCUAUCUGACAUUUUUGGCUGUUUUAAAUUAUCAAAAUUCAUGGGAUCAGAAAUCAAAUGUUCUGUUUCCUCUAUCAAAAUCAUAAGAGUCAAGAUAUUCAAAGAAUUUCAUUCGUAAAAAUUAACCAUGUUGUGAAGCCCAACACUUUGAAGGUCAGAUUUCUCAAAACUAGGUACUGAGGAGAUAGAACUUUGUAAUUCUGAGAUAGCGAAAACAAAGUUCUGCCCCACCUUGUAGAAAAGACAUUUCAAGAUCCCUUGCAUGUGUAGCAAUGGCUCGGGGCCUUACCCAGCAGUGUUCUCCUGCUCUUGCUCAAUGUUCUGAUGUCCCGGACUGAAACAAAGCUUUCCCCCUACUUUGACUUUGACUUUGACGUCUUUUGUUAGAUAAACAUCUUGUUUCAUUACAACAAUAAAAUUAUGUCAUCCCUCAUCUCUGGCAGUGUCACUGUGACAAAUAAAAUGGCAAACCUCUACUCUGUCUCAUUAACAGGACAAAUGAAUCACAAUGUAGUGGAAUUGGCGCUCGUCAAUUUUUGGACAUUUGGAGUUAUUGGCAUCAUCUUAUAGCUUGUUUAUUUGUCUAUCUUUCGAUUUUUUUAAAUACCCAUCUAUCUUGAUAAGAAGUAGAGAUAUUUGUGAUUGAAAGAGGUGGGGUAGCCUGGUUUCAGAAAUUAAAUUAGCAAGAAAAUGGCUGCCAAAGUUUGGGGACUUCCAAAGCUUGAGAGUCCUUGGAAACUGCAAAUUUACAUCUUUCAGUAAAAUUCACACAGAAAUGUGUUUUUUACAUGUAAAAUAAGUUGAGCCAAAAAAUAAAACUUCGAUAAAAAGAGCCUAAUGCGAAGAAAAAUGCGUUUUUCUGUGAAUUCAUUUUUUGGACGAGCACCUGAUUUCACCACGAUGCCUCACAAAUGAAACGUAAUCCCCCUUACUCUAAAGUCAUGGACAGUUAAGAUAUCAUUCCUGUAGUCAUUGAUAGAUACAUGUAUCUCAAGGAGAUUAAAAGUAGUUCUAAGCUCCUUGAUGUAUCUAUAUAAUGUAUAACAGCAUUCCCAUGCUCUGACGUCACUGACGAAUUAUUCACCUACUCUUAUGUCAUUGACAGAAAAACGUCAUUCCCUUGCUCUCGCUCAUUGUUCUAGUGUCAUUGACAAAUUAAACGUCACUCGUCAGCUGUG